UUUUACAGCCUGAUUCUGUGCAGCACAGCUCAUUUUAUGAUCCUAGGCGCUACGCUGCAUAUUUUUUUUCACAGUCCGCUCUCUUUAAUUUCAAAGCCUGGGAACCGCUUGAGAGCCCUCCUUUCACACAGCUCUGCAGGGCUGUAAGUAGGGCAAAGCGAGACCAAUAUAGUUAUUUUCCCCCCUCUCCUCUGAACCGCAUUCACGAGCCUGUCACUACCAGAGAAGAAGCAAUAAAGGUCACAGACUUUGUCUGGAGCAUAACCUGUGCAAUAUGCUGCAGGAGCAGCAGCAGCAGCAGCAAAGGCAGACGGCUCUCCUGCGCGGAAAAAUAAUGGGGAAGGAAUGAGGAGGAAAACAAAAGCAAAACGAGUUCUCGACCCUGGAAAUGAAGAAGAAAAACAACAAGAAGACGACGAGGAAGAAGGAGGAGAAGGAGAAGAAACAGAGGGCUCGACUGUUUUACAGCACGGGCUGCAGCUGAAGAGAAGAAAACAAAUGCAGGCUGCCAGGGAGAGAGCAGACGGAAAUUCAUCACCAGCAGCCGGCCUCCACAAGCCAAGAAUGGAGGUCUAUACCGACCAGGGAUUUGAUUUAGAAGCUAAUAAUCCGGAUAACUUGUCCGAUUGCGACUCCACUAGAGAGGAAUCUGAUUACCUGCAGUCAAGGCCUAAAUCGGAACUAAUUGCAAUGGUUCUGUGCAUGCAAAGGGAAAUGGAGGGUUUGAGAGAACAAAUACGCUGUCUCACAGCUUGCGGGAAGCUAGCCCGGAACAUCGAGGCUCUGAUUGAGAAAACUCAAACCUGGGUGAGUGGAGAUGACAGCAAGCAGGACGUUCAAACGGACGGUCAGCAGGCACUCAUUCCGUACGCGAUGCCGGCCGCUGUAGUGGUCAACGGGCAGUGGGUUGAACAGGCCUCCCCGGGAGAGGGGGUUCUGACAGAGCCGAGGCAGGAGCCACAGAGGAAAGGACUGUACGUUCUCCCUGAGUAUAUAACGCAGGAUCUUCUAGACCACUGCAACACGACUUCGACGGCUCAGAAACUGACCAAUGACCUGUUGCGAGGGCUGUACGAGAGGGAGUGCCUGGCAUCUCACUCCAUCUCCGGAAUCGUUUACAACAAAAAGGGAUGCCCCAAGCCAGCCCUCCCGGCAGACGAAGUCCAGGCUGUAUUAAGAACAGUGCAGCAUUUUUUCCCUGGAAAGACAGAUGCUGAAAUUAAAGGCUACAUCAGGCAAAAACUGCAAAACGAAGCCAAGAGGCUGAGAAGAAAACCACAGCCUCCCGAGAUCAAGGACAGCUGAACACCUCUGUCAAGGAAGGAAGGAAGGGAGAGAACCCUUUCUACAGAGACUGUGUCUUGAAAUCAGCCUGGCACACCACAGAAUCGAUCUGUUCUGCUGUGUUAGACAUAAAACAUAAAGACAUAAAACAGUAAAGCAAAGGAAAUAUAUAGUAUAUAUAUAUAUAUAUAUAUAUAUAUAUAUAGAUAGAUAGAUAGAUAGAUAGAUAGAUAGAUAGAUAGAUAGAUAGAUAGAUAGACACACACACAUAUACAUACAGUAUAUUUGUGGUCCUCAAAGUCUGUGAUUACGCUGCGAGUCCACAGCUUUGAGGAUCACUGAUAUGUAAAUAUAUUUGCGGCUCCCUUUAAAAAAGUCAACAGAACAGCUUCCAUUUUCUAUCCCAGAUAGCACAGGGGGUGCCUCGUAUGCUUAAGUAUUCAUUCCCCAUCCCACUAUUUUUUUUUUAAAAUAAAUGACUGUUUAAUAAAAAAAAAAAAUUAAAAAAAAAACGUACUUAGUAGUAACCAUUGAUUCCUCUCUGUAUGAUCUAUGUAUCUUUGAAGUUUUGCUUCCUAUGUUGAUUGUCCAGUACCAUGAUGAAGUCUCCUGUUGUUUAAUAGGACUCACUCUGUUCAGGGACCAAGGCUGACACUGCUGUUUAACCUGCUAAUAAAAAUAAAUAAAAAUAAACCAGUUUUAAAAA